AUGGAGCCUGACAUGAUUGUGGGGAUGUUGAAAGACUUAGAAAAAGAUCAUAUCCAUCCACAGGAAUUAGUAAUGGAUGAUGACAGUACGACUAUUUCACGUGCAAGGAAAGAGUGUGAGCAAAGUAUUACAAAAUUCAGUGACAGAAAUCACCUGAAGAAAACAUUUUCAAACAAACUGUAUGAUUUGCAAAGAUUCAAAAAGUAUCAACAACUUAGAGGAAAAACUAUGACACACCUAAAGAAAUGCUUUUCUUAUGUUCUUGCCCAGAACCAGAAAAAACCUGAAGAGUUGAAAAAAUCCUUAUUGUGUAUUAUUCCUCAUAUGUAUGGAGACCAUCUGGCAUGCCCUUCAUGGUGUAAAUAUAAACGGAUUCCAGCAAGUUACCUUCCACGGAAUCUUCCAUACAGCAGGUAUCUAACAUGUCCAGAGUUGAAAAAGGACUUGGAAGCCAUUAUUCAGACGUAUGCACAACAAGCUGAUAAACUAUCUGAUCUUGGAUCGACACAAGCAUGUGAAAGUUUUAAUCACAUCGUUGCAUCAAAAAAUCCAAAGAGCCUCUUUCUGUCAGGAUCAGAAAGUACAAGUUUCAGAAUCGCUGCAGCUGUUGCACAGAAAAACAUUAGGGCUGAAACGAUUCACCGAAAUAUCGAUAUUGUUCGAUAUAAGUGCUCGGUUCAAUGUUCGAUUCACCCUCUCGAUUUUCGGUUCGAUACGUUUUUUAUAAUCGGGUUUGGUUAA